CUUUUCCUAAAAUAUACAAAAACCCGAGCUCAAUAUGAAUUGUGCAAGGAAAAAACGAAAGACUCGGUGUGCAAAGAAGCCCAAAUGCGCUACUUUUAAGUGCCAGAGAUCCGGACCAGUUACCGCAAAUGGGUUCUUAAACUUUCUGCGCUCUUAUCGGCGCAAACACUGCGAUCUCAGUCCCAUUGAAAUGCUCCGCAAGGGUGGAGCCGCCUGGCAUAAUUUGAGCGAACGUGAAAAAAAUCGUUAUCGCCGUCAGGCUUGCAAAGUAACCACUAGCUGCCGCCACAAACGCCGACGUGUUUGUACCUCUUAAUGACCAACAGCUGCAUUGCUAAAUAAAAAGUUUUAUAAAUUAUGUUGUAUUUAGUUUAGGACCUUAACUCAAUAAAUUUGAAAUAUUAUUAAAAAUUAA